AUGUCGACCACUGUUGAUCGAGGGCCGGAGCUGCUUCGCGAUAUCUGGAUAUUUGCAGCGAUUUCAAUUUCGGUCGUUUUGCUGAGGAUCACGGCGAAGGCACGAAUUAGAAAGCUCGCCUGGGACGAUGUGCUGAUGGUCUUUGCGUUGUGCUCUGCCUUGGUCGGCUCGGCGAUACUUACUGUAGGAAUCAAGUGUGGAUAUGGCCGCCAAGUUUGGGACAUUGACACAGACAAUGUUUCCACCGUUAUCAUGUACGACUACCUGUCGCAGACGUUCGGUACGGCUGGCGGCGCCAUAGGACGAAUCGCCUUCAUAGUCUUUGUGAUCAGUUUACUCGGUGCGAGAAAGGCACAUCGAAUUAUCCUGUGGAUCCUGGUUGGCGCGCAAAUCUUUGUCAACGCUCUGUUCAUACUCAUAAUCUUUCUACAAUGCCCCGGACAUGCAUCCGCUAUAUGGAACGAGACUGGCUCCGGGAAAUGCUGGAGUCUCAAUGUCCAGACAUACUAUGGUUAUUUUGAAGGCUCCUUCAACUCCGCCACAGAUCUUUACCUCGCAGCAUUCUCGGCAUAUAUCUUCUGGAACCUAAAUAUGAAACCACGCAUCAAAUGUGCUCUGAUUGGCCUUCUUGGCCUAGGGAUCUUUGCAAUGGUUGCAUCUAUCAUCAAGACAGUUCAGAUUGAAGUUCUUGGAAGCGUGGACAGCGAUCCAACCAUCGCGACCGUCGAUUUAGAACGCUGGCUUUACAUUGAGACAUAUCUGGUCAUCAUUACAACUUCAAUACCGUGUCUCCGGUCCCUUUUACGAACAAAAAAGCCAGGAUCAACAAGUGCAUAUAGAAAUACGCAUCGAUCAGGCUUGACAUAUUCUGGGAACCAGAGUUUUUCUUUGGGGCCUAGAAACCAAGCAUCGAUGGCCGAGGGCCAUGAAGGGGAUUGUAUGUCAAAGAAGUCUAGCAGUGAAGAUGUUAUACUUCGAGAUACGGAUUACAGGAAAAACUCUGACUGUGGCGACUGGAGAUACGCUGACCAUUCUGAUGGAAACGUGGAAGAUCCUAUGUAA